AUGACAUUAGGGCCCACAACCAGAGUAACUGUCAAUGUUACGGGUACAGUAACUGUGCCGCUGCAUCUCAACGCGCUUGAAAGCCUCGAUGACGCCCCCCUUCAAGAGGAAAUCAUGAGGGAGGCGGUUCGGCUCUCACUGGCGGAGCAACUGGGUGGAUUCGACAACUUCACGGUUACUUCUGCACGCAAGGGUGGUAAUCAUGUCUGCGAGGCGCGACUGGAUGUGGGCGACCUCUGCUCAAUCAUUGCUGACGUGAAGAACGCUUAUGAGCAUGGAGAGCGACGGCUUCGAGAACUGCAACAACUGAUCACUGCGAUUCGUGAACAGUUGAAAGAAAGCGGAAGAGAAGGCGGGAGCGAAGACGAGGACAUCACCGUCCCCGGCAUAGUAAAGGUCGUGAGUGACAUGGUGGAAGAUGCAUUACGAGGACCCGGUGAGUCUUCGCUUUCAGCGGCCAUCCGCGAGGUUUCGAAUGAUAAGAGUUGGUUGGAGGAGGUGCCUGUUGGAGAUCGUAGCGGCGGGGCGGCGAGCAAAUCUGAUGAGGACAGCCCAAGUGGAGUCGGUUACACGCGCUUGCCUGACAGCGGUGAAGACAGCAAUGGGAGUGAAAGACAACUGGAGUGA